AUGAAACGCACCGAGACAAUCCGAGUGGCUGCCCACGAGAGGCUACGAGAUCUUCUCAACAUCCUGCGCGGUAUCCUAGACAAGUAUACUGCUCUCAAAUCAACCGAUAUACACACAGCAGCUGUUGUACUCAUAGCCCAAAUCAAAGGUCUUACAAGCAAUAAUGAGGAGAAAGACAAAGGGCAUUUCUUUGAGGCAAUCGAUGCCUUGGCACAAGCCUUCAGUAACAGUGUUACGGAGUAUCUUAUGGGUGAUACUGAGCAGGCUACGCUACAUCUAGGAUAUCCGGCUUCUAAGUCAUGUGAGAGUUUGGUAUCACUGAACAGUAAUCCUGAUUACAUCGGACCAGCCUAUACCAAAUCAGAUUCAGCCAGCGAUGUCAGAGAAGGAAGUCAAUUGAAUUCAGAAGAGAUUGACGCUUGGUUGAUGAACCUAGAAGCUGGAGUAGACCUGGCCCUGGAACGAGCUAAGGCCUGGUCUAAAUAUGCCAAAGAUGUCAUCUUCUAUGUAGAGAAGAGGGUCCAUCUUGAGAUGGAGUUUGCAAGAAGUCUGUCAAAACUCGCUGCUACAACUCGUCCAAUACUCAGAGAAGAGACGUAUCUACCUUUCCAAUCAACGUAUCUCAUGUCACUAGAACAUGACAUUGAAUACGCCACAAACUGCGAGGCUACCUAUACUCACAUACAAGGCCAUAAGUUUGUUGAGCAAUUAGACGCAAGGAGGGCAGAACACGACAAGAAAAGAAAAUCAAUAAGGCUUCAAUGGAAUACGGUCAAGAAAGAAAUGACUGAAUGUCGCAUGAACCUCGAGAAGUCACGUCAGCUUUACUACUCAAGAUAUCACGAAUACGAGAGAGCGAAGGAAGCCACAGCAAAGAUAGAGAACGAAAUGAUGAACUCUAGUGGAGGAACUCACCAUCCAAAGUUAGAUAAAAGAAAGAGGGCAGAAGACGACGCCUUGGGAAAGGCUCAAGAAGCAGAAACAACGUAUAAAGCCUGCGUAGCAGAGACUAACAACAAGCAACAAGACAUGCUACGAGUCAAGCAAAAAUUGUUGGUACAACUCAGAGAAAUCAUCUUUAUGUGUGACCAGACCAUGAAAGCAGUGACACAUAGCUACUUCCAGAUGCAACACACACUAUCUGCACCAGCACCAAUACAGUUUCAAACCCUUUGUGAGCAGAUCCGGUCCUACGAACCCGGCCUUCAGUUCAGCCAUUACGUCAAACAUCACAAGAGGUUCAUGACGGGGCAUGCGUUACAAGACAAUGAACCACUCGUGUUUGAGCCGUAUAACAAUGCGAGUUCACUGCAGAGAGAGAGGAAGACAAGCUCGCAGUCGUAUGAUAGCUUUGAGGAUGAUAAGAUAUUCCUUCGUAACAGGUCCGACUCUGGAUCAAGACGAUCAGAUAAAUCUCAGAGGAUGCAGGCGUGGCAGGCCCAUCCUGUAAGUGACUCUGAGAGCAUCAGUGGCAGUUCUACCAAGUCAGCAUCGCCAUCGGCUAGUCCUAGGAAUGGACCAAGGGUCAUCGGCAGGGAUACGGGGGGUGCGCUCUCCUCGGGCGAUGAGCUAGGGGACGACGCCCCACCUGUUGUCGUCAGCAGCAGACCCAACAGACUGAUUGAACCAAUACCAAACGCAUUCAAGAACUUGACCCUCUCCAAGGCUGCACUGACGCACAUGAUCAGGAAGCUCCGUACCCCAUCCAAGUGCCGCGAGUGCGAGAGCUACGUCUACUUCAACGGUGCGGAAUGCGAGAGGUGCGGACUGGCUUGCCACAAGAAGUGCCUGGAGUCCCUGGCCAUCAACUGCGGUGGCAAGCGGCUCAUGGGCAAGAUGAACGUCUUCGGGGUGAACUUGGCUGAACACCUGAGGGCGACAGGCAGGGAGGUGCCCUUCAUCGUGACCAAGUGCAUCUCAGAGAUUAACAAGAAAGCUUUGCAAGUCAAGGGUAUCUAUAGGGUCGCAGGGUUAAAGGUCAAAGUUGAGAAGCUGUGCCAAACCUUUGAGAACGGUGCCGACCUCGUUGACCUCUCGGAGAGUCCUCCACAUCUCAUUACCAGUACACUCAAGCUUUAUCUGAGACAGCUCCCCGAACCACUGUUGACCUUUAACCUUUACCCAGACUUCAUAGCAGCAGCCAAAGAGUUUCCUCAGAAGGAGGGUGUGGUCUACGACGACGCGGAGAUCGUCGCCAGGUUCAAGCAGGUCAUCAACAGACUCCCCCAACCCCACCACAACACAGCCAAAGUUCUCAUGUAUCACUUAAAAAGGGUAUCGGAUGAACCUCUGAAUCACAUGUCUGGUAGUAAUCUUGGCAUCGUCUUUGGACCAACUCUACUCAAACUAAGAGAUGCUAAUGCUUCGUCACUGGAUGCACUCAUUGACAUGAACCACCACACGAGGGCGAUAGAGCUUAUGGCGUUAUAUCCAGAGAUCUUUGGACCUCAAGAAACACCGGUUGAAGACUUCCAGAGAGAUGAGGCUCAUUCUCCAAAUGAUAUCCACAGAGGUCACGCUCUGAACCAAAGUUCAAACAACUCAACCCAUCUGACGAGCUCCACCGCCACCCCGUCACCGUCGUCGUCAUCACAUUCCAUGGGGUUCACCUUACCUGGGAGCAGCGAGGAUCGCGGCGAUCAUCCGGACAGGAGGAGAAGGAACAGACACGCCCAACGUGUCAAGAACGGACAUAGCAGCGAUGAGGACGGUUCAGGGAGUGAUGGUGAAAGUCAUCACAUCAAAACACCCCACUCACCAAACAAACCAACGCUCCUGCAGCUGUCGGGCGGAUCAUCACAGGAGAGGUCCGGUGAGCCAGGAGCGUACGUCCCCAGCGCCUAUACCAACCAGCAGCCACAGAGGAAGGGCGCAAGUGCGACCACGCCCUCGUCGCCGGGGGGCGACGCCACCAGUCAGAAGCAAGCCAAGGGUGGCCAGAAGCUGGACCCCGGAAAUCCCGACCAGACGACGCAGAGGCGGCGAAGCAGGGAACCUCGGUUCGUGUGACGUGCCGAAGAAAAGUCCUCCAUGGCUCACAUGCUGUUCUUGUUUAGUGAGGAUGGUUCCGAACAUUGGGUACCAUUUGCAAGUCAGGGAUAUGCUGUACUUCCUUCAAAUGAUGUAGAAAUCACCAUAUCCUGGAACCUUUGAACUUGGAGUCAAAGCAGUGUGGCCGUUCUCCCAUGCAUGCUUUUAUAGAUUGAAGGCUGGACCUUGUCUCCGUGAACAUUCAUUAUCAUAUCUUAGGAUCUUAUCUUCUUUUUAAAAUUUAUCUAUUAAAUUCAUCUCAAGCUUAAUGUACGUUUAAUAAUAGAAAACUUGUAUAUGAAAUUGGAAUCUUCUUCCAGCGGUGGUUUGGAAACGGAAAUGUAUGGUACAUUUGCCCAUAUUAUGAUAGUUGCCAGAGAUGUACUUUUGUUGUCUCAGAAAGUAUAUUGUUGAUUCAGUAAUGCUUUGUAUGAACAGUUUGGUAUGAAUGUAUGUUAGGGGUUUAGUAUGAAAGAAAGAGAGAGAAAAUGAAGGAGAAAUACAGAGAGAAAGAGGAGGAUAAAUACAUAGAAAGGGUGAGAGAGAGAAAGAUGGGGAAAUACAGAGAGAGAGGCUAUGUUGAAAACAGAGAAGUGAGAAAAAAAAGAGAAAAAUAAUAUUUAAACAAACAGAACCCUAUUCUGUUGUAUAUGAUGCAACUUUGUAGAAUUUUGCAUAGAAGUAUCUGGGUAGCGUUUCAUAAAACUGUUCGUGAAGUUCCGCACAACUUUCCUCGAGGCCAAGUCAGCUACAUAGGGAUAUAUUUUACAGUAGCAGAAAGGGAUGUAAGUUGUGCGUAAAGAUAUACAGAACUUACAAACAGCCUUAUGAAACCGGCCCCCAGAAUAUAAUUUCAUGUCUUUAGGAGCUCAGUGUAGUAGGAUUUCUGAAUAAGUAACACUUAUGCCAGCUUCACACUAUUUCUACUGCAUCAAUUCUCACCUAAAGCUAUUUUCCGAUGUCUUCCACUGGUAACAGCUAUCAGAUGUUUCGUGUUUGUAACUCUUUUCCAGUGAAUGCAUGCAUUUUAGUUGAGAAAGAUGCUUCUGAGAUGCUUCUGUUGGAAAGAUGUAGCUCUGACUUUGGUUAGCUACCAAAAAUAGGGAUUAUUUGUAAGCACUACGCAGACGCUUUUUGGAACAUUGAGGAUCUAUUGUCGAAAUCCCUUCAUGACAAAGCAGUCUUUUGGCGUGUUUCUACAAAGAAUCGUUAAAAACUGUUUUUAUCUUUUCCGGAUUCGAAAAACCGUAUCGCCCUUAAACCGACCUGUUUCUACAGAGAGAAUCAUCCGAUUAACACGGCAAGAACCACCUCCCAGAGGUGGUUAUGAGAAACCGUAUUUUACGCGAUGCGGUUUAUCAGUAACGAAUCGCUUUUGUUUCUACAGGGAAGUUUUCCUGAAUUCUAGAUACUUCCGCGGGUAAUACUGUUUAAUGAUUUUCUGUAGAGACACGCCGUUAGUAGCAAAUCGAUGUCCAUGACUCUGGACAAACAACAUAUUCGCAGUUUUUCGUCAGCUCCGUAUCUGCUGUCCCGGAUCACCAAUUUUCGACAAAGAUCUCUCAGCUGUUCAUUGUGAUUCGACAGGCAUUUUCAAUGCAUAUACUAUGUUCUAGAAUCAGUCCCUGUUGCUAUAACAAAAACUCUCUUUUGACACAGAUCAAAGCACACCAAUCGUCAUAAUCAAGAUUAGUUUAAUAGUCAUGCUUAAAUGUCAAUUAGUCCUGAAUAAUAUACUGAUGAAAAUGGAGAUUCUCUCUAACCAUUCGUAUCGAACCACCGAUUGCAAUUUAGCUUAAUGUUCCAUGCUGAAAUCUGUAUGUGUUUUCAACCAGAAUUCCUGUGUGUGUUAACGGUACAAACUAGACCUUGUAUACAUAUUAUAAUGACAAAAUUAUGUGGUUGUUACUUCAUCCAUGUGAGAGGAUUUAUCUUGACAGUAAAUUCACGGCUCUUAAAAGGCCACUGCACACCUUACGGCUGGUCCAGAUCCGAUUUGGGAACAAAUCGAAUUUUGCUCAUUUUCUGAAAAUAUGAAUGAAAUGUAUCUUUUUCUUUGAGGUUCGAAUUAACUGCAAGAAUACGAAUAUAACAAUUUUGGAUGAUUGCAAGCCUUUAUUUUGGAGUAAAGGCCAUGUAGAUCAAAUUGUAGCCAAUUGUAAGGUCGCUAUGACGUCAUUAUGACUAGAUAUUAAGUUUGCUAUUAUUCCAAUGAUGAAAACAAUGAAAUGAAAAACGAUGAAAAUCCAUAUUUUAUUGUUCGAAAUAGACAUGAAAUGGAAUACUCCAAAAAUUUGCUUUGCCCAAUUGAUAGUGGGCUAUAGCGCCAGAUCGAUGAGGCUCUAUCCCUUAAAUCGUUGAACGCCAAACAGGGUAGCAGCAACUCCCAUCUUUUAGCGUCUUUUGGUCUGACGCGGCCGGGGUUUGAACCCCCGACCUCCCGGUUGUGAGACGGACGUUCCACCAACUGAGCCAACACACCCUUAAACAAUAAGGAUGAUAUCAGAGUCGUAAGGUGUGCGGUGGCCUUGAGAAGAAACAAAAAAGGCUGUUCUAUUUAGCUUUACAUUAGUAAAUCAUAUCGGUGCUGGUAUACAUGUAUGUUGAA